AGCAGCGAAAUUCGGGGCCAGCUGAGCAAUCACCGCUUGGCUCGGGGCUGAAACGGGAAGGAAAGGAGCAGCCAGCCAGGGCGGGCUUCCCAACUUUUUUUCUUUCAUUGCUUUAAAGUUUAUUUAUUUACUUCGUUAUGUGCUCCUUUGCCCCUUUUCCCACCCUCUUCGUCACUCCCUCGCCUUUCUUUUUGCAUUUGUGCUGUGUUUUAUUUAUUUAUUUUAUUUUUUUCUCGUUCUCCUCUCGCUCACUCCCUUCUUUCAAUGAACUUUGCACCCGAAGGGCGCACGCAGCGCUGUGGCUCGCCGAGGAGAGCCUCGAAAACCUCACGAUUCCCAAAACUCUUCCUUUUCUUUAUGAAAGUUGCUGCUGCUGCGGUGCUGGGUGAAUUUUCUUGCAGCUCCUCAGCCUGCCCCGGCUCCUUUCUCCCCCACUCCGGUGCCUCUGCCCCGUGCAUCUUCCUGUCCCCUUUUCCUUCCUUCACCCUCCUGCAAACCGCAAACCCUUUUCCCACCCACUUUUUCCCUACGUUUCCCCCCAGAUCUCCAAAACUCCUCACACCCGGGGGGCUUUGCUGGCCCCCCAACGCUCAACCCUCUCCUUGCUAUCGCAGGGUGCUCCGGCAGUCGCAGCGUCGGGACAGGACAGGUACACGUGAUCAGCGGGACCUGACAUUUUCUUGCUAGCCAUGGGGAAAGGAGACUACAAAAACACUCACCCUGACGAAAAAGAAGAACUGAACCCUCCCAGAGAUGAGGAAAAUCUACAUAAAUGCGCAGCACCAAUGCCUUCUGACGUGCUAAGCACUCCUGGAUCGGUGAACACUACGGUGCAAGAUGAGCAGAAUGGCCUCACCUCCCAAUAUGAGGACCCCGACCAGCCCCAGGACUCCCAGGACACAGCGGUGACCUGCUCUGUUGAGAUGCCCACAGAUGCUGCACCCACGGGCAGAAACAGGUCCCAAAGAUGCCUGGGCAGGGUUUGCACAACCAAGCGACAGCGGAAUAUGCUGAUAAUCCUGAACUUGAUGCUGAUUUCUAUCAUUGUUGUGCUGAUAGUAACCAGACCAGGGGAGGAGACAGCCCCGGAGCCGGCGUGCCCUUCCGAAUGGGUUGGGUACUGCAACGUCUGCUACUACCUGUCGGGGCAGCAGGAGCAAGGCAACUGGAGCUGGAGCCAGGAGCAGUGCUCGAGACACGGGGCCUCCCUGGUCGUGGUGAAUAAGGACCAGGAAUUGCAAUUUCUGAGACAAUUCAAAGACAACGGGGAUUCCUGGCUUGGGCUGCGGAGACGGGGUGAACUCCUGCUGUGGGUGGACGGCAGCAGCUUCAAUUUGACGUUCCCGGUGCAGGGCAGCGCAGGGUGCGUCUACUUGAAUGGCGAGGACAUGGCGACCUCAAGCUGUUGGCAGAGCCGGCCUUAUAUCUGCAGCAAGCCCCAGGCUGUGGGGGCAGCUCCUGAGAAUGGCUGCGGAGAAAGGACCUUCCCCGUGCUGGGCACUGGAGGCUCCUCUCAUUGAUGAAGGAUGAUGCUCUUCAGAAAUCUUUUAAAGUGUUUGCGUCUGUGGUUUUGAGGUCAAAACUGAAGCUUGGUGACUAAGGAUGGAACCUCAGAUGGAAGAGGUGCUGACUAACAUCAGAGCUGAACAAGACCCAAACCUUACGGACCAGACCUGGGGAUGCUGUUCUCCACAUCAUCUGAAGAGCAUCGACCACAUUGCACUUUGUUGUCCCCCAUUUUAUUAUUAUUGUUAUUAUUAUUAUUUUUAUAUGGACAAAAUGAUUUUUCAAGGUCUCUUCCAAUUACUAACUUUUUGUUAGUCUGUGAAAUAUAUAUUUAUACACGUAUAUACGUGCACGUGUUCCAUUCCUAUGGCCUUAGGGACAGUUUCCUGGGGGAUCCCAGCCAGUAAUUCCUUGAGCAGACAGAAGUUUGUUCUCCUGAAGUUCAGGGUCCUCUUUUUGGAAGCUCAGGGUCCUGACUCUGCUUUUUGUCAGACCCGUAUUCCUCAGGGUCACCAACUCCACCAGGUAGUGGUCGUCACCAGGCAAUCGUAACCUCCGUAAAGCUCUCUUCCACACUGGUGAGCACCAAGUCUAGUAAGGUUACACCUCGUGUCGGUCCUUCUAUUACCUGGACCAGGACGUUAUCCUCAACAGACUCCAGGAGUCUCCUGGAUUAUCUGGAUCUCACCAUGCUGCUAUCCCAGCAGAUAUCUGGGUGGUUCAAAUCCUCCUCAGGACAAGAGCUUGUGAUCACAACAGUUGUAGCUGAAGCAAGAAGACCUCACCAACAUACACAUCAGGUGGGCUGUAGCAGAUCCCAACCACCGGUCCUUUACCGGACCAAUCCUUGAUUUUCACCCACGAGCUCUCCACCUGGUCACGGCUGUUUCUCAGGAAGAGCUCUUCACAAUCUAUCCAAUUCCUAAUACAGGAAUUAUUUCCUCCCUUCUGAACAGUUCGUAGCCAUCAACAGCCACGCUCCAGUCAUGGGAAUCAUCCCACCAGCUUUCCAUGAUCUACAUCCAUGGUUCCCUACACGGUCUUCCUCUCAAAGACCACUGCCCACGUCCUGAAGACCCCUGCCUACAAUUCUUGGGAGGCUUUGCACAAGGACUGAUAAGCUAAUUAGCAUAUGAAGCGAGAGUGGGCGGGUUUAGGUAAUGAAUAUGUAUAGGCAUUGAUUGAAUAUUCGUUGUUUUUCUGUAUAAAUAUGAGAUAGUUUGUUACGUCGAACAUACACGUUGGGUGGAAGGAUCCCCUGUGCAUCCAGCACUGACAAUAAAGAACACUUCGUCACUUAGAAA